AAUGGAAGGGGUUCUCAGAGUAAGUAUGAGUCUAGAAUAAUAAUAAUCGUGAUUUUGGUCCAUACACACACACACACAUAUUCUACAGCACAACCUUUGGUAUUGUACCAUAACCUCAAAGUUGAAGGUUUGGUAUUUUGUGCAGACACACAAAUAACCUUACAAGAUGGCAAGAGAUAAAAGGAAUAAUCCAAAUUAGCAGCUAGAGUGAGAAUGUAUGUCACAACCCCGCCGCGAGGAGGGGAGUGUACCUUUUUUUUUUUAAUUAAUAGAGGUCUACCAGCAGUUAAAAUCUUCCCACUGACAAAUAGGACACCACAACACAGCUUGGUCUAAAUGUAAUUCUUUAUUCUAUUCUAAAAAAGGUUAAGACUAACAAACAACAAGUAUAAAAGAGACAGCAAGGAAGGGUUAAAAUUCAUGUACUAUACUAACUAUACUAAGAAUCAUGUCCUUAUCGUUUAAAUGUUUCAAUGUUCGUUUCAGUCCAAGGCAGCAAUGAUGCAAACGGCAGCCACGUUUCACUCCCGGAAGCCGGGUCCUCCUUCGUCUGGUCGGCGUAGCGUCUUCGUUGCUCCGUAGCUGGCACUGUGAGGGAACAGAGGGAUAGAGCUCUCAGAACACAGAUCACAAGCAGUACUUCACGCCACACACUCUCCGAGGAUAGCCGGCAGACUUUCCUUUACUUAUCUGCUUUCUCGCGUUUCAGUCCUUCUCGGAGUGUCUAUCGUAGACGCUUCUCCCAUCCCUCCACUUGUCUCAGCUACCGCUAUCCUCCACGUCUCUUUGGCUUCACUUCUCUUGCUUCGAUUCUGCUCUGCUCUCCUGCUUCCCUGAUCUUCCGGCAGUUCCUCUCUCCACGCUUCCUCUUCCCCUCGCCCGUGGCUUCUCCGCCGCUUCUGCUGAGCUUCUCCCCUUUUCACCGCCUUGUUCUGACACACCUGCCCUCAUCAAGCCCAGGUGUGUCCACUUGUGUAAUUCUGAGCUUGUUAAGUCUGAGCGACAACAACAAACAGGGGGGAGGGUCUCCAGUCUCCAUAAAGAAAACCCACCUAAAACAAGGAAAUAAAGCCACCACAAAACCAAACAUGCAAUACAACAAACUUAAACGGAAAACACAGCAAACACAUGCAAUAAACCCAAACCAAAAUCACAGCAAACCCAUGCAAACAUAUUAACAGUGUAAUCCACCUUUGACAUGUAUUUACUAAAAAACAAUGUGUGAGAUGUUCUUCUGUCUGCACUCACCUUUCCAGUGAGGAGAACACAUGGGAGCCACAAGACAACCUGGACCUGGACCUGAUCACCAAGUACAUGCAAAAACACAAGGAGACGGAGGAGAAGAAGAAGAAGAUGAAGAAGAAGAAGAAGGAGGGCAAUAGGAAAGGUGUCAGGGAGGCCUUGGGAGACUCAGAGGAGCGAGGGAGCAAGAAGAAGAAGGAGGAGAAACAGAGAAGAGUAAAGGGAACAAAAUGUCACCACUGUCAGCACUGUGACAAAUCCUUCACAAGAUCUGGAACUUUAAAGAUUCAUCAGAGAGUUCACACUGGAGAGAAUCUACACAGCUGUGAUCUAUGUGGGGCAGCUUUCACACUGAAGAGUACCCUAAUGUUACAUCAACACAGUCACACUGGAGAGAAGCCGUACAGCUGUGAUCUAUGUGGUAAAACCUUUUCUAGGAGGGGUAGCCUAGUAAUGCACCAACGUGUUCACACCGGAAAGAAAACGUACCGUUGUGAACUAUGUGGGAAAACAUUUUCUUGGAGUGAUGGCCUAGUAAUCCACCAACGUGUUCACACCGGUGAGAAACCAUACCGUUGUGAACAAUGUGGGAAAACCUUUACUAAUAAUGGUGGCUUGAAAUCUCACCAGCGCAGACACACCGGAGAGAAGCCGUAUUGCUGUGAUCUAUGUGGAAAAAUGUUUUCAGUGAGUAGUAGCCUUAAAUCUCACCAGCGCAUUCACACUGGAGAGAAGCCGUACUGGUGUGAACAAUGUGGGAAAACGUUUUCUCGGAGUGAUAGCCUUAAAAGACACCAGCUCAUCCACACUGCCUCGUUGUGAUCAUGUUUCAGAGCCAAGCUGUUUCCUCCUCCUCCUGCCCUGAUAGCUUGUUGUUUUCUGAUCUUCUCUCCACAUUGAAGGCUGACCUGCAGUAACUUUAUCUUCUGAACAGCAUGUAUUACAUUAUGUGUCAUGUAGUUGACGCUUUUAUCCGAAGUGACUUCAAUUAAGUGCUUUCAACUCCGAAUGAGCAAACUUCAGAAAACAAGUAGUGAGUGUAAAAGAAAGAGUUGGGCUGUGAACAUUAGCUGUAGAAACUAGUUGCUAGUCUGCGCUGUGAACAGUAGGUGUGUAGAAGUUAGCUGCUAGUCUGGGCUGUGGACAUUAGGUUUGUAGAAGCUAGCUGCCCCGUUUUACAGCUUUUUAAUGUAGCUAAGUAACUUUUCUUAAAGUACAUUUUAAAUGAAGUGCUUAUUACAUUACCAAUUUAUCAUAUAGGUGUUUUUACUUGUACUUAUAUAAUAUUUUAUCAAAGUAUUAGCAACUUGUACAGCAGCAGGUAUCUCUCCAAGUGGCCGUCCGUUGUCCAUCCCCCCCCCCCCUUUCCCUAGGACAACGUAUGUAGGAGACUGGCUAAAUUUAUUCACAUACAUCUGCUCAUACGGGCUACUUAGGUGUGUAGAAGCUAGCUGCUAGUCUGGGCUGAGAACAUUAGCUGUAGAAGCUAGCUUCUAGUCUGGGUGAUUAGCAAUAUAACUGCUUAUUUUUGUGAAGAAAAGAAGGAUGACCCUCAGAACUAACAGUGUUUGGUACUUUCACUUUCAAACAACAGUUUGAAGACCUUUUAUGGGACGGUCUGAACUAAAGUUGCACAUUAAACCUUUCUAAGAGUCUGUUGUUAAUGAUAAUAAUGUAUCCAGCAUUAUUCAAUGUGUAUGCAUUUGUAUAGAUUUUUCUUUAGUUAAAAACAAAAUAGUUGAAAUUUAUGACCCCUUGUCCUAUUUUCAUUACAUGGUAGAGAUCCCCCCCGCCCCGUUUUAGUUUUUUUUAAUGCAACUUAGUAAGUUUUACUUAAAGUACAUUUAAAUGAACAGCUUAUUACUUGAGUAAUUUUUCGUGUAGGUAUUUUUACUUGUACUUAAAUAAUAUUUCAUCAAAGAAUUGGUACUUUUACUUGAGUAUAAUAUUUUAGUAAUUUUUCUUUUGUCUUUUGCCCAGAAACGUAGUUUGUCAUUCGGCAGAACCUGAAGAACUCUUUAAGGUCGGGCUGUUAAAAAUAAGAGGAGUGAGUCCGAGUCUGAUCUGGCACUGAGCUGCAGGGCAGGUGGACCCUGAGUUCCUGCUGCCAGGGUUGGUCUCUGCUUUUAUUUUUUCAUGUUUGGAUUAUUGUAAUGUACUGUACACUUGUUUAAACAAAUCAUCUAUGGACAAAUUGCAAGUUGUACAGAAUGCAGCAGCAAGACUUUAGAAUGAGACCAGCAGGAGAUCACACAUCACUCCGGUGCUUAAGGCUCUUUAUGGGCUUCCAGUAAGUUUUGUGCAUUUAAAAAAUGUAAUCACUACUUAUAGAACCUUGCAUGGUCAAGCUCCCGCUUACAACCAGGAUCUAUUACACCCACACACUCCUGGUCGCUCUCUGAGGUCUUCAGACCUUCUAACUGUCCCCAGAACACGUUUUAAAACCAGAGGUGAUUGAGCCUUUUCUGUGGUGGCUCCAAGGCUCUGGACCUCUCUCCUUUAGCUUUGAGAGCGUUGGAUUCUGUAGAAACUUUUAAAAAAACACCUCAAGACACAUCUUUUUAGACAAGCUUUUAACUUGCCAUAUGACUUACAGUAUGUGGCAGUGCCUAAGUGGUGGCAGAACAGGGUGGUGGUUCCCUUCUUCAGAAAGGGGGACCAGAGGGUGUUUGCCCACCACACUGCUCAGCCUCCCUGGUAAAGUCUACUUCAUGGUACAGGAAAGGAGGAUUUAAGAGGAACAAUCUCAGCCAGGGAGCUGCUUAUGAUUUUAGUUUCUUCACCAAGUGAUGUCAUAACAAAUGACAGUCAUCACAUGGGUUGCCUUCUAGCUUUGUACAUUUGCAAAUGGCAGUGGUGGGAUUUGAACCCACGCCUCCAGAGAGACUGGAGCCUUGAUCCAGCAACUUAGACCACUCGGCCACACUACCUGCAGAUAUCAAACCCCCACAUUGUGACAAAUACAGCAACCGUGAUUAAUUAUUACUUGUUAAUGUUAUUGAAAAAAAACCUUUGCAAGGAAAUAUGCCAAUACUUUAUUAAAAAUUGUUAUCACACUUUGUCAUUUUUCUCUGGCAUUGAUGAUUAUUAGAAUAUUCUAACCAGCAUUAAGUGAGUAGGUUUAGGUCUGUGUGAAUAUGGGCUGAGCAUUUACCUGGGCUGAAUUUAUGAACAUCUUCUUUUGCAUAUUCACUGUAAAGAGCCAU